UAAAGUCUCUAUUCUCUAUGUCUUCAAUUUUGGUUAUGUUAAGAAUAGUAGAAAUAAAAUUUUAAAUUAUCUCAUUCUGAAUUAGUAUUAAUAUGAAUCAUUAACUAUUGGUACGAUUAAAAAAAUACUAUAUAAAUAAUAUUGUAUCUGAACUGACGAAGCAUAUUUUUUUACUUAUAUUUUAUAAUUUAAAAGUCAUAACCUCAAAUUUAUUUGAAAAUGUUUCUAAGAAAAGUUUUAAAAUUGUCAUCCUGUUUAAAAGAUGUGCCAUUAAAAGCGCAAAAUGUGUUUGCGUAUCACUUAUCUCAUGUCGAAAAUUUAAAAGAUGUAAAAGAUAUACAAGAACCUGCAGAGGAUUGUGACAGUAAGUUAGAAACAGAUUUAAAAUCUGGAAGCCUUUCAAAAGUAUUAAUCACUUUACAAAAUAAUAAUGAUAAAAUAAAAGGAUCACAUCUUACAACAGCAAUGUCAACUUUUUAUUAUUUAAUAAAAAAAGAGGCUUUUAAUAUUACUGGUGAUCAUACAGAGCCUAUAAAUAUAGAAUGGAAGCAGCAUUUGUUUUUUAAAGAAAUGUCUAACAUUAUAAAAUCUAAUAUUAACAAGUUAAGUGGUCCUGAAACUGUGCAGAUAUUAUAUUACACAAGAAAAUUAAAAGGGACAUUUGAAACACAUCAAAUUCUUAUCGAGCAACUCCAUAAAAACUUGAAAGAUUUAUCAAUCCAAGAUUUCAGAUUAAUAUUGUCAUUAUUUAAAAGAUCAGAAAGAAGUAAAUACCUUGCAAAUUUGGAAAAAGAUAUGAUAAAAAACUUCAUCAUGACAGUAUCAACAGCUCAUCAAAAAGAUAAUAUUGACUAUCUUGCUAAUGGAUUGUAUUUUUUGAGUUGUAAUUCAAGUAAAACUUGCAAUAACUUAUUAAACUUAUUUGUUGACAACUUAUGUGAUUAUAAAAAUGAUAUACCAAUAGAAAAGGCCAUAUUAAUACAUGAGUCUUUAUGUUCCUUGUUUUAUUUUCCAAAAAGAUCAUUAGAAUUAAUUAAAGUAAUUCAACAAAAUAUGUUUGACAAUAUUGAUGCAGUACAAUCUACUCAUAUUAAUUAUAUUAUAUUUGGUAUUUCAAAUCAGAUAAAAUCAAGAAGUGGAAUAGAACACUUUUAUAAUGCAGCUUACGUUGACAAGUUGAUACAAAAAAUAAUCCAUCAUGAUGCAGGUUUUGAAAGUGCCUUAAGUUGUUUAAAAUGUUUGAAUACUAUGAGACACUAUAAUGUGGAAAUAUUGAACUAUGUGUGUGCUUCAUAUUUUGAAAAAAUAACUAUGAAAAAUGAAAAUAUUGCAAACCUUAGUGGAAAACUUUCAAUAAUAAUAUCAGGACUGGCACAUACAAAUUAUAAAUCAAUGUUUUGGAAUGAAAUUGAAAAUUAUAUCAUGAAUAAUCAGAAUUUAUUGAAAUAUAAUCACGAGACAUUGUGUAUUUUAGCUUUGAAUGCAAUUUGCCUAGACUGUUAUCCUAAUGAUAUUUUAAAUAAACUUUUUGACAGUACUUAUGAUUUCUCAAAAAAUACUUUCCUACAUUGGACAUUUUCUAAAAUAUAUCAAAAAAUAGAAACAAAUCAGUCAUAUAAAGGACCACGACCAACAACAUCACAAGUUCAAUCAAUAAAUGAAAUGUUUAAGAAAGCUGUUAGAGCUAAAAAAAUGUUUCCCUUAUUAUCUUAUCUGAAUAAAGCUAUCGGUGAUCAAGCUUAUAUAAAAACUAAUUUAGGAACAAAGAAAUUCCAUAUAAUUGAUCAUGUUGUGGUUUAUGAUAAAGAUGACCUUCCAAUUCAUCUAAACUCUGAAAUCUACUCAAGUACAAAAAUUGAAGAUGUAGAAUACUUAGAAGACUUCAAAGUUCCUCAAGGAAGCAAAAUAUUUGCUAUAAUCCUUGCACCAUCUAGUUGGUAUUUCAGAAAUAGGAAGCAAUUGAUAGGGCCCUAUGCAGUUUUCAAGACUACAUUAGAAAAAAUGAAUUAUAAUGUUGUGGAUAUAAAUUUUAUAACAUGGAAAGAAAUACCUGAUGAAGAAAAAGCAUUGUUCUUAUUAUCAACAAUCAACUCAAAAUUAAAAACAUCUAUAAACACAACUUAAUUGAGGAAUUAUAAAAACUUGUAAAAUAUUGUGUGUUAUAACUAGAUGUCUUCGUUGCCUAGCAACUGUUUUGGAUCAAGCAGUCAAACACAGAGAUAGUUUGCG